AAUUCAUUGAUAAUCGUGAUGAGCUUGAUGAGUUGCCAUCUUCUUCCCGCGAAUCUCGGCGCAUGGCUAUGGAACUUGAUCGUAAGGCGCUCGAGGCAGAGAAUUUAGAUGCCGAAGAACUUGCUCAGCAAAUGAAUGUGCGUUAUGGUCGUCGCCGAGGCCAUCACAUUCAAUCUGAUUCUAGUAUACCAGUACAGUAUAUUCCAGAUGUACAUCAACCAAACAUGUUUGUUAUCAGAUGUAAACCAGGAAAAGAAAAAGACGUUGUUAUUCAAUUUAUGAAACAAUUCAAAGAGAGCGAGUACUCUCAACAUCCACUUGAAAUUUUGUCCGUCACAUGUAGAGAUGCGUUAAAAGGAUAUGUAUACAUCGAAGCCUGGAAACUGGCACAUGUACAAAAGGCAAUGGCAAACAUAAAUAACCUAUUUUUAUCGCAAAUAAAACUUGUACCAUUGGCCGAAAGAACACAUGUAUUGACAAUUAAAAGGAAAGAUGUUAAGCUUAAAGAAGGCUCAUGGGCCAAAGUAAAAAAAGGAAAAUACGCUGGUGACUUAGUUCAGAUUGCAGUUGUUUACGAAGAGGGUAGUAAUGAAGUAAGAAUAAAAUGCGUCCCGCGUAUUGAUGAGAAGGAUGCAAAAACGAUGUCUGUUAAUCCGUCAAAGCGAAAAAAAUCCGCAUCUACAUCGACAGUCAAAGUCUAUGAUAGAGGUUAUUCGGAAAAAGAUAUAAAAAUCACAAAUCUAAAUCUGGAUGUGAGUCCAACAAUGGAUGAGAUUACGCUGUUCCUUUCAGCGGCUGAUACAGAUGAGAAUAAUAGGUCUGAAUCAUCGCUUGGUUUGCCCACGAAGGUUAGAUUCGCACCUGGUGACGAAGUUGAAGUUAUAAUGGGAACGGAGCGUGGAAUUUAUGGUAUUGUGGAUAGAGUGGAUAAAGACCGUGUCACUUUCACUCGUCAUAAAUCCACACAGCAAGUGACUUUCCUCGCAGAUUCACUAGCAAAGAGAUUCAAUAUAGGAGAUCAUGUUCAAGUGCUUAAUGGAUCUCAUCAAGGAGAAGCCGGCAUGGUUGUCAAUAUUGACAAAAGUAGAAGCCAAAUUACUCUAUUAUCUGAUAUGUCUAUGUCAGAAAUUAAAGUGUUCUCUAAAGAUCUAAAGAAAAUAUCAGAAUCUACAAAUGGGAAACCGUCCGGUGCCGAGUUCGAGUUACACGAUUUAGUUAAACUCAUUUCAAAUACUGUGGGCGUGAUUGUUAAUGUUGAUGCGAAUUCUUAUCGUGUGGUUGAAUUAAAGGAUGGUGUUGGUGUUCUCUCUGAUUAUAAACAGGAAGAAAUAAUUGGAAAAGAAGAUCCAAGACCAUCAGCAACGUCUCUUGGAAAAAACCAAGUUGUUUUGAAAGUAGGAGACACAGUUCAAGAUAGCAGAAAUGAGAACCGUGAAGGUAAAAUACUUUAUAUUUACCGAAAAUAUGCCUUUGUAUUAAGUCGCGGCGGUUUUGGCGAAGAUGGGGGUGUAUUCGUAGUCGAAUGUAACUCGCUUACGAAUAAUAAUACAAGAACGGCUGGAAUCGCCCUUGAUAAAUUAAAUCCAGAAGUAUUCUCUGCCCCUGAUCCACUUAUAGGACAAACGGUUACUAUUAUAAAAGGGCCUUACAAAGGCUUUAUUGGUAUUGUAAAGGAAACGACUGUGUUAAUGGCGCGGGUAGAGUUACACACUAAUUGUCAGAUUGUAAAUGUAGAGAAGACUAAGCUGCAUACUAUUGAUGCAAAUGGCAAUAGUCGGCCUGUUGUUUCCGCACAAGAUGUUUCAGCGGGCAGAAAUAGUCGAGAAUAUAGUCCAGCACCAUCAAAUUAUUCAGGUUCUAGCUGGCAAUCAAGCAGCGCAAGAACACCUUCUUCAUGGAACGGUUCACGAACUCCCACUUGGCAUAAUGCAAUGACUCCAAACUCAAAUACUACUGAAGGAUCACGCACACCAUCUUCAUUUGCUGAGGGAUCUCGCACACCGGCGGUUCAUUUUAGCGAAGGAUCUCGCACGCCUGCUUGGGAUCUUGAUAGCAAAACUCCUGCUUAUAAUGGUAUUGAUGGUUCGAGAACACCUGCCUGGGAUAUUGGAAGUAAAACUCCUGCAUAUGCUAUAGAUAGUGGAACUCGCACUCCAACGUGGGAUAGUGCAUUUCCAGCAACGCCUGCAGCUGAAACUCCAAGCUUUACAGCGCCAACACCUGCGGCUGAAACCCCAGGAUUCACAGCUCAAACACCUGCAGCUGACACUCCAGCAGCAUUCUCAGCUCCAACGCCUGCAAAUACGGGAAGUCUAAUGGUUCCCUCUACACCAG